AUGAGUUUGGAUUCUGAAAGUACAGCAUGUGCCACAGAGGCUGGCGCACCAAAUUUGUUCCUUUGCGACACUUGUGGAAGGCAUUUUGUGCCAGAAGCACUGUUAAGGCACAAUCCGAUAUGCAAAAGAAUUUUCAACAAGAAGCGCAAACCGUUCAAUUCUUUGAAACAACGACUACAAGGAACUGACAUCCCAACAGUGAAAAAGAAGCCACCCACGAAGAAUGGACGAGAGAAAAAGUCGAAUUGGAGACAACAGCAUGAAGAUUUUAUUUCAGCCAUCAGAGCAGCUAAACUUGCAACUCGAGCCAUGAAAGAAGGACGUCCUCUUCCACCACCACCACCUCCGUCCAUUAACCCAGAUUAUAUUCAGUGUCCUUACUGUAUGAGAAGGUUUAAUCAGACUGCUGCAGAAAGGCACAUCAACUUUUGCAAAGAACAAGCUGCCAGACGAUCCUUUGCACCAGGCCAGAAGGGAGGCAAACCAGCCUCAGGGAAACAAGGAAUUUCCAAAAAAGAACCAACUUUAACAAAUGCUGUGGGGACACUACUUCAGAAUAGAUUACAAGGAGCGAAUACUGGCCCAUCAGUAACAGGACAUGGUAUUGAAAUUUCAGCUGGAGCAGUACACAAAAAGAUAUCCCCCAUUUCCUCUGGAACAGAAUCUGGGUAA